UCAAAAUGGCGACGGUAGGCUGUUUUUUCGCAACUUUCUUCUGAUCUUCCCCGUUUUUAUCCCAGUAUUCGGCAGAACAAUUGUCCUCGUCCCCCAACUUCUGCAAACUCUAGCCAGCAUGUCUGAUUAAGUAUCAAGGCACAUCUAGAAUGUGAGACAGUCCUUAGAAUCAUCCCAUUCCUUCCCAGAAGACAGCAGGCCAGGCUCUUGAGUGAAGUUCCCAGUCCCUGUGUGCAGUCUGCAUGUGUGUGUGGAGGAGGAGGUACCAGCGAUGUUUUAUCUUCCUGCUCAUCGCCAGUACUCUCUCACUCAUCUUCCAAAUAUGGUUCAUCCACAGCAACCCGCAGUUUCAGGGCAGUGCCUUUCAAGGAAUGGUGAACAAGUGGCUCAACCCUGGCAACAAGCAUGCUCAGGAGACCCUGAAAUUGUUUGUAAAGCACACCUCCCAGGCCGACCUGCCACUGUUCCUGAUGGACCCUGCUGUACUGUCUGCUGUGAGGAACUCUUCACAUGGUGCAGCAGAUGACAGGAGAGGCACACAACACUGUAGAUAUCUGUGUAGUUCUCAGGGAGUCAUCACACUGGGACUGCUGGGGGAUUCUCAUAUAAAACUCAAGCCUGACCUGUUGCAGAGUCUCCAUGCUGAUGGUUUCCAGUAUGUCAUCACUGAAGGUCACGACCCCAGACUGGCAAGUGUGGCAUCCAUGGCAGCUGGCAAGGUACCACAUCACAUGUUGUUCAGAAGGCAGGACUCUGUUAUCCACAUUGUUGUGUUGUACGAGCGACCGGGGAAGUUUCUGUGGCAUGCUGCGGUGGAACCAGAGAACACACAGAAGUGGACAUCACUCGUAGGAGACAGGGAACUACAGUUUGGGCAGUAUGAGGGGGCAUAUGACAAAAUGGAGAUAAUACCUACCAAACUGGAUGGUGUAAAACUCAACAUUCCUAAGGACCCAGCAGCUUUCCUUCAGCAGAUUCCACAGUCCAGGUUCCUGGAGUGUGACUAUGAGCAGGCCAGGAAGUUCCAGACAUCGUACGGGUCCGACCAGACUGUGGAGGAUGUGGAGUUUGUAGGGAAAGCCAGGAGUCUGUUGUCUCAGGGCAAGGCAGUGCUGGAUAGGAUAGGUGUACGGUUCUGGAUGAGCAGUGGGACAUGUUUAGGUUGGUUCAGACAGUGUGGGAUCAUCCCUCACAGUAAAGAUAUGGAUUUUGGGAUCUGGAUCAAGGAUUACAGGGACACACUGAUCCCAGCAUUCCAGGCUGCUGGUCUGUCUCUCAAACACAGGUUUGGGAAGGUGGAGGACAGUUUUGAGCUGUCCUUUCAGUCAGGAGAUGUCAAACUGGACAUUUUCUUCUUCUACGAGGAAGAUGACAUCAUGUGGAAUGGUGGGACACAGGCUCGCACUGGCAAGAAGUUCAAAUACAUAUUCCCCAGGUUCACCCUUUGCUGGACAGAGUUUCUGGACAUGAAGGUUCGGGUGCCGUGCCAGACACUUAAGUACGUCCAGGCAAACUAUGGAACCAACUGGUAUGAACCGGUUAAGCAGUGGGACUGGAAAAACAGUCCGCCCAACGUUCAGCCAAAUGGACAGUGGCCAGAAGAGGAAUGGCCAGAAGUGAUACAGCUGUUUGACGUUAGAUGACAGCAUAGAACUUUCUGCCAGCACUUGCCUAAGGAUUUCUUGCCAUGCCAGAUAAUUGUACAUAUGUAUAUUAUGGAACGAAAUCCCUCCUAGUUCUACCAUCAGUUUCAUAGUGUUGAAAAAGAAAUGACUAUUGAUUAAGAUAUUGAUAAGUUAGAGUGUUUUCCAAGUAUUUGUAAAGCCAUAAGAUAGAUAAGAUACAUAAUAGAAUUGCUAUUCGACUUGUAGUUACUUGCAAGUGCAGUUCAUGUUUAGAUGCUGCUCUGGUAAAGAACUGAACUAGCCAGCUUAGUGUCGGCCCUUUUAGCUUUUUGUUUUAGCAAAUCAUGGGGAGUGGACGUAAGCCUAAAAGAUUGACACUCAGGCUAGAACUGAAUUCUUCCUUGUCAACUUGUCAGGUAACACUCUAAUAAACUGUAUGUUGUACAUU